GUUCAUUUCGCUCUUCAACUACAUGGUCUUUUUUUAAAGUUCCAUAGACGGUGAGAGAAGGGGGGUUGUGAGAAUACCGAAAUUAGGACAAUUGUGGAUAGUCGUAAAACAAUAUCAAAAGAAAAAGGGAAGGGUAUUCUUGGGUGUUUUUGUAUCGUAUUAACCGUUUCCUGGUUGGUGUUUAAAUACGGGUAGUCAAUAGCUAGCACCAUCAGGCUAACGGCGGUAGCUGCUAGCGAUCAACCAAACCACAAAGGAAAUAUAGCCAGUUAAAUCUCAUUUCCGUAACGAAAUCUUUUAUACGCGUUGUCUGUUUGGACUGGUGCUUAUUUUUUUAAAGAAUCACCAAGAACGAUAAAAACGGCAGACCCGACCUGUUUCAAUAAACGCGAGAAACCCCACUAAAAUGGCGGAGCCGGACAAAUUAAACAUUGACUCCAUAAUACAGCGUCUUCUGGAAGUUAAAGGCUCCAGACCAGGCAAGAACGUACAGCUGACAGAGAAUGAAAUCCGAGGCCUAUGUCUGAAAUCUCGAGAAAUUUUCCUCAGCCAGCCAAUUCUGCUUGAGCUUGAAGCACCACUCAAGAUCUGUGGUGAUGUUCAUGGUCAGUACUAUGACCUUCUUCGUCUCUUUGAGUAUGGGGGUUUUCCACCUGAGAGCAACUACUUGUUUCUUGGGGAUUAUGUGGAUCGAGGGAAGCAGUCUCUAGAAACCAUCUGCCUCUUGUUGGCUUAUAAAGUGAAAUAUCCCGAAAACUUCUUCCUGCUGCGUGGCAACCACGAGUGCGCGUCUAUCAACCGUAUAUAUGGCUUCUAUGACGAGUGUAAGCGACGGUAUAACAUUAAGCUGUGGAAGACAUUCACAGACUGCUUCAACUGUUUACCUGUGGCUGCCAUUGUAGAUGAGAAGAUCUUCUGUUGCCAUGGAGGUCUCUCGCCAGACCUGCAGUCAAUGGAGCAGGUGCGACGCGUCAUGCGGCCCACAGAUGUACCUGACCAGGGGCUGCUCUGUGACCUGCUUUGGGCUGACCCAGACAAAGACGUGCUGGGCUGGGGAGAGAAUGACCGUGGUGUCUCUUUCACCUUCGGUGCAGACGUGGUGGCCAAAUUCCUUCACAAACAUGACAUGGACCUAAUAUGCAGAGCACAUCAGGUGGUGGAGGACGGUUAUGAGUUUUUUGCUAAGAGACAGUUAGUUACCCUGUUCUCCGCUCCUAACUACUGUGGCGAGUUUGAUAAUGCUGGGGCCAUGAUGAGUGUGGAUGAGACCCUCAUGUGUUCUUUCCAGAUCCUUAAGCCAGCCGAUAAGAAGCUGUACUAUGGAGGAGGUGGUGGAAUGGGCUCAGGUCGUCCAGUCACCCCGCCGAGAAAUUCAGCCAAGGGUGGAAAAGCCAAGAAAUAGCACCCGCUGGACCCCCUUCUCCCCCCCCACGUCCCUAUCCCACAAUUCCCUUAUCAACCCACUCUUUUUCUCUACCUCCCUCUCCUUUUUUGUCUCCAAACAGCUAUAAAGCAAAACUGUACCCAGGGUUGAAGUUCUUUAUUUUUCUUUAUCUCUUAUUUUCCUCAUGUAACUUUUGAAAUGCGUGUUUAUAUACGAGACUGCGUGUGUGAGCGUCUGUUUUGUUUGUUACACUCUUUGUGUUUGUCUUUCCAUCUCUCCCCCCCAUCGCUCAUUGCCCCAUCUAUCCACUUAUCUCUCUGUCAGCAAGCCUCCAUGUGAAUGUCCAGCCAGGCUCUGGAAAAGAGCGAGACAGAGGGGGUCAAGAGCGUGUAGUUUUUUUUUUUUUUUUGGAAAUCCCUCACUGUUUAUGUCCUGGCCCCCUGCGUUGUUUUAAACGCACAACUGCACAUCCUGCAUUAGUUUAAGAGCCAGUCUGAGUGUAAUGUUAAACAUGUAUCUGCACAGAAACACACACGCAGAGAGAAUGGAUGUGCAGAAAAAGUGUGAGGUAGAGAGACUGUCACAGGUGCAUCAUUUCCAUUUAGAGAUCCAGUGAUUUAAAAACAAUCAUGUUGGAACUUUUUACUUUUUUGUAGAUGGAUCACAACAAAACCUUUGAAAUUCUUUGCUUACUAUGUGUGUUUUUUUAGUGUCUUUUUUGGAAGACAAUUAUCAAUAAAGAGAACUUUAUUUAAA